CGUGGACAUUUUUUUCACGUAUUCUGAUGCCUGUUACACGAUGUAUAACAAGUUCAUCAUAUUACGCCGAGCCUCAUCGGCUUACCCUAUGUCUGGCCCAUACUGGGAGAGCACGUCUUUGGUACAGUCUCUUGGCAUAAUGUCGUAUUGGGACCGGCAUUUGCCGUUUUGAUAGGCAAGAUAUAAAACUGUUAGCGCUAGGGCUGACUGUCUGCGCCGAAAGACGACAGCACUGUUCAGCCGCAUUAGAAACAUGAAAGAUAAGAACCUAGAAUACGUAUCCGUACGCGCCGCAUUCUCUACCAUCGUCAACGACCGCCGCCGCCGCAGAGAUAACCAGAUUGGGAAUCACACCAAUCGCCAGGUACCACCGCCGCCACCCACGGGACGAGUUUGAUAUGUCCCGCCUCGGACGGACGCUAACCCGGCGCUCUGGCUUUGAAAAUCUAUGUGUGCUCCCGUCUCAAGUGGCUUUCACAAUGUUAUCUCACUGGUGUAUUCGUAGCAAGUCAGCAUCCUGCCAUGGCAGAGAUGCAUAUCCAACACACCCACCAGAAUCUGCCUCGUCAAAGAAAAGAAAAGUCACAACCCCUGGACCUUGCAUUGAUCCCAAUUCGGUUGACCGAUUUUCCAAACCUUCUCCAGGUCCCGGGAGCAUGGGCGAGAAAGGCCUCACCAUCGGUCACCAUUUGGCCAACAGCCCGAGGUCAUGGCCCAUGCGGGGUGUUUAUGUCGACACCUGUACGGGUCUAGGUCUGCAAACGAUGCGUGAGAGGUCAGCUUACACGCUCUCCGAGGCGUGUUCCUUUUCACUCCCUUUUUCUUGUGUCACUGCAAGAAAUCUCACUCACAGUCUUUCCUUCUCUCUCACACGCUGCCACGGUUAUCGUCAAGCUGAGGGCAUGUCAAUCGCUCUCGUCCAUUCUUUUAGAAAACAUAUCUUGUCGUCACUCAUUCAGUCACAAUGUUGUUUCAUUUGUCAGCUCGACUCGGCCGUAGUUUCUGGGCCCUCCUUGCGGUACUCAUGGGGCUGCUCAUGGCUGUCGCUCCGGCGAGCGCAGCCAUGUCCCCCACAGAGAUCGCGGUCGCUUGCCACAGCCUUGCCCGCAUGGCAUUCGACCUGAAAGAUCUCGUAAAUGUGGUUGCGCAGAAGAGAAAUCCGGGACCUUUCCAGGAUAUCCUUGACGAGUUCAAUGAUAUUUCCGACUCUUGUCUCUCCAACAUCUCGGUCAUGAUCCGCUCUUCUGUCAUGACUGACCAGGCGGACCAGCAGCUGAUUUACGAGGCUUACUCCAAUUUUAUCCAGGGCCUCUUUGAGCUGAUGGACUCCGUCACCGAAUCUGCCCCGGUCCUCAUCGUCCUCGAUAAGCAAGCCGAGUUCCGUAUUCCUGCCGCCGUCCGCGAAGUCGCCGUCGUCGUGGAUGCUUUACUCUAUCAGCUCAUUGCCAUCUUUCCGACCAACACGUCCUAUUCAUCGCAGACUGCAAACCAAAAGACCCAAGUCGAUACGCACUUUCGUCAGGCCGUCCACGCGUUCCAUCUGGCUACGGCCAACACUGGAUCGCCAUACUCCAACACCACAUCCCUUUAG